GGCGGAUGGGAAGCAGAGCGGAGGAGCAUGAAACAGCAAGAAAACGGAACACGCUCUGAGGUCGAGCCCUGGAUUGAGGAUCCGGCAGCCAAGCUCACCGCAUUGACCACACCCGCCGGCAACAGCAAGCUGCAUCCACACCUGCGGCCAUUUCGGGCACCACCGUCGAUCCUUUACAACAUUCUCGCGACGGCCGCUAAAGAUGCUUCAGGGCUCCGCCCCGGGAAGCCUAAUGUGCUACGGCACCGCGACGUUCUGUAGCCGCUGGGCAGGCAUCUGUAGUAGUACUGCUAGCAAUGUAUUCGCGCGCAGCCCACUGAGGGCCGCGGGGGGGGCGGCGGCGCACUGCUGUACACGCGCUGGGCGCCCGGAGCGAGCCGACGCGCUCGCAGAGUCGGCAGGCCGAGCGGCAGGGGCCGCCUGCGCUGUCGCCGACACGCGCGGGAUGCGCAGGGAGGAACAACGGGAAGAGGAGGAGGAGGAGGAGGGGGAGGGGGAGGGGGGAGAAGGAAGAAGGAGAGGGCGGGCGUACACUUUCUGCUCCCUGACGCGCGCGUUGUGGCCCGUCUGUGUGAGCCUAGAAGAGAGCACACAAACACCGAAAGAAAACUUGCACUGUGGCAUCCUAAACGGUCGCCGAGAACUGCUCUGGCGCCGCACGGCCCGCAACGACGCAGCCGCGCUCUGCGCGAGGCCAGACGGCUUGAAACAGCCCCCCCCCUGCGGACACUCGCGUGCAGCCGCCGCUCGGCGCCGGGGGGAGGGUGAGGGUCACUAGUGACCCCCAUGUGGCUCUACGCCGGGGGCACGCCACGAGGGCCCCCACCCCUGGCUGGCACCGAAGCCGCAGCCAGGCACGGAGGACACGUGGGUCUCCGUCCAGCAGUUCCUCGGCCGCCCGUGGGCCUCUGUUAGGCUCGGGCGGGGCCCACUCCCGUGCCCCUGGGUCGAGGGGUCACUGGGGUGCACGACCGGGCGGGCGGCGGGCGCGGGCUCAGAAGGCUGAGCCCCGCAUUCGCCACAAGGUGACGGCUGGUGGACCACCUCGCCGUCGGCAUAGAGCUCCAAUUCGCAACACUCUCAAGAGACCUGUAGAGCUGUCGAUCAACUCGAACUUUGACUAAAUGCUUCCGCUGGUAUGCCAGGACCUGAGGUCGCUGACUGUGGCAUCUGGGAAAACUGCAGCCACCUGACUACCAGCGACUGCCAUACCGACAAAUUCGAGAAGGUCCUCCCUCUGUGCAUCAGGAUGUUCAUUCUCCG